AGUGGCUUCUUCACCCCUGAGCGGGAUGUGGGAGGUGGGCAGUAAGCACGGAAAAACGACCAAUGCUGUGUCUUUCAGGUUGCCUAGUGCAGUGUCCACUGCAGCCUGACAAUUAGGCACCAGAAUCUGGUCUUAUAAGAGGAGAGCAAUUCGGAACUUCGAAUUCAAUCGCCCACAAUGCCAUGCGAAAGACAAACAGGUCCUCGCGAGGCGGAUGGCUUGUGCUGCGCCCACUCUCAUGCUCUACCCCCAGUAUACCGUUUUCUCAGUGACACAAUUCAAGACCAAGACUUUCAAACUCAUUCACAUGAGAUGGACUUCUUUGUCAAAAUGACAAGUCAGAGCCAACCAAGCACCAUCUCGUCGUUGGCCGGCACAGCCAAUCCCCAGCUCUCGUCUCUUUUCUUCACCCUUCUCCCUGCUGAGAUUCGCAAUCUCAUCUACCUCGAGUUCUGGCGCAUCGCCUGUCUCCGACAGCAUGUAGUUCUCACGGAGUUCGAUGAGCCCGGCCUGGGCACCAUGCCAGUAUGGUCCCAUGUGCCAUGCAUUACAGAUGCCAACGCCAGAGAUAUUCGCUUUGACCAGUGGCGCCUCGACAUCCAACAGAGACAGGCAUGGACCGCCCGGCUAAGGAGUGAAUGGUGCUUGCACUGGGCAUGCGAGGAAGCAUCUCCAGACUGGAAACCACCCCUGAUCGGACUUUUGCGCCAUCGCCUUCAUUCACCCCAGCCUAAGCCUACCAAGACACCAUUCUUGGAUGUCCUGACGACGUGUAAGCGCAUGUGAGUACUAGUAAAAUAUCUCUAAAUCGUGUCACGAACUGCAGUGGUUUCUAAUGCAAUGACAGGUACCUCGAGUGUCUGCCGUCCAUUUACAGCAACAUCACCUUUGUCUUUACCGAUACGAAUACAGCAGAGCAGUUUCUCUGUCGCUAUG